AUGCAAAGUGCAGAGCCGGAGGUGCAGUCGCCGCACAGCCAGGUGCGGGAGGCGCUGUCGUCCAGGGAGUCCUUCCUCAAGCAUUACCUGAACCUGUCGGAGCGCACCAUGAUCACCUUCAAGCACCUGGGCCGCAUCCGGUCGGCAAGGCUGGUGGGCAAGGACAUGGCUGAACUCUACAUCCGACUGGGGCAGCCUGAGCGUGCGGUGCCCUUCCUGACAGACCUUCUUCGCACGCAGUCGGACGAGGGCUGGACCCGGCUGGCUCUGGAGACCCAGCAGGAGCUCUGCAGGUGCUACCUAGAGCUGACCCAGUGGGGCAAGUUCCUGAGGACCAGUGCCCAGCUGGCCUGCCACCCGGGCCUGGGCAGGGAGCAGCGGCUGGCCCACCUGGCAGACGUCUGCCAGCACAUGGGGGCCCUCAGGGACUCUGGGGACGGCCCCUUGACACUGGAGUCUGAGGGCAUUGUACGCCUGGACCGGGUCUCGGUGCCGGGCGGCGGCAGCUGGACCGCUGGGAGUGAGGUCACCCUGGGGCUGCACCUGACCAGUGAGCUGCCGGCCCCCGUGCGCUGUCGCAAGAUCACUCUGCUGCUGGCACGAGAGGACGCUUCCCAGACGGUGCCUGGGUCUGGCAGGGGCUAUUCGGCGAGGGGUCGCAGGGACUGGGUGCCCCUGGCGCACAUGGCCCUAGCCCAGGGACUGGCCAAGAAGGAGGGUGGCACGGCCGUGGGGCUGGUCUGCACAAACCUCCUGGAGUUGCUUCCAGGGCCACGCCACACUCCCACCUCCCGCUUCUCCCACUCCCCACUAGAGGGCGGCACUGUCGAUCUGGUGUUGCUUGGGGCAGAGCUGGUCCCCGGCUCCAACGAGCUGGUCAUCACCCACAAGGUGGACAUCCCCGGGCGCUACCGACCCCGGCAGCUGUUUGUGGACUGGGAGCAACUGAGCCUGGUGCAGCUGGAGCUGGGUCCUCAGCCCUACCUGCACGUCACCAAGGAGAGCCCCAGGCUGGCUCUACACUUCCCACAAGGGGAGCUCCUGGCAGGGGUGGCCCAGAGGGUGCAACUGGUGGUGACCUCUGGGAGCCACCCAGUAGCACCCGAGGACAGGGUGUCCCUCAAGGCCUCCAGGGGGCUCCAACUCAAGGUGACCGGUGGGGAGUUUACGGCCGAAGCGAGCGUCCCGGUGGGGCCCCUGGAGCCCUCGCAGAGCGCUAGCGUAGAGCUGCAGCUGCUGGCCCAGGUAUCCAGGGACACACUGAGCCACCAGGUGUCUUUGUCCCUGCUGGAGGCGAAUGCCCAGGUGCAGCUACACUUCCUGCCACCGUUCGAGUGCUCCCACAGGCUUCACACCUGCCACCAAAGGAAGUAUGUGCAGGUGUCCCUGCAGGGGCUCACGAGCCAGUGCUUCACAGUGGGCAACGCCAGCCUGGUGGCCACUGACAACCAGCAGGUCUUCCUCAAGCCGCUGCACUCCAGCUCCCAGCUGCUGCGAGUGAGCCCCGAGCAGACGGCGCAGUUCCUCUGGGAGAUGAUGAACGGGGACGGGAAGCCCGUGCGCUUCUCCUUUUCGCUGCUCUACAGCCUGGCCGGGCAGGGAGGCCAGCGCAUCGAGAGCACCUUCACCCAUGACUUCCGCAUGGACAGCUACCAGACGCUGUACGCGGUGAAGGUGCGGGUGGACCCACACUCGGGCUCCGAGUUCUGCCGCGCCGAGUGCCCCUGCAGCCUGGAGGUGCGCAUCUCGCAGCUGGGCCCUGUUGCCCACACGUCCGCCCUCAUGUACGAGCUGCUGCCGGACCCCAACGUCUGGGCCGUGUGCGGACGCACCGCCGGUGUGGUGCACAUGAACGAAACGGAGGAGCACACUGUGACGCUGGAGGUGAAGCCCCUGGUACGGGGUUUCCUGCCCCUGCCCACUGUCCGCCUCUCCAAGUACAUUCCUUCGGGCACACCGAGGAACGCUGCGGAGAGUGGUGCCCAAAGCACGGCCAAGCUGGAGCCCUUCCUGCCCGGCCAGAUCUACAACUGGAGCCGCGCCAUGCAGGUGCACGUGCUGGCACCCUCCACCCUUAGUUCGGAGGCCGCCUAGCACCCCUUUUGAGACCCCCGUCCGUGCCGGAGACAUGCCAACGACAACCGAGCUAGUCUUGGCCUAACCCUGCCUGGCACUUGGAAGCGGACAGGUGCGGGCAGGAGACGUUCCUAAAUUUAAAAAAUAAAUCCUUUUUUUUUUU